UCACCUCUCACUCUUCUAAACCCUCACCCAUGAAUGGAAUAAAGACUAACGCACGCCCGGACAGUGUUGAGAUUUGGCGUCUCUUUUCAGGCCCUUUUGCUUUUUUUCUUCCCCUCAUACUCCAUCCUCCUCGCUGAUCUGGUCCCUGUAGGGUGGCGCCACCCCCUAUAAAGGCGGCGCUCAGUGACAGUUCAGUCUUUACACUCCCGCCCCCUCUGCUCCUUUCCUCUCCACAAUCCACAUGCCCUCUUUGCCCAAAUCUCAAUAUUCAUCAUCUACAGUGCGGAGAGAAAGUGAGGAAAUAUCUGUUUUCUUUUGUUUUAUAUUACCCAAAUUUUCAGUCUCCUAAAUAACCCCAAUCUCGCCGUUAACGGUCACUUUUCUUGUUUUGUCACUACUCUCUCCUUUCUCUCUGUCCCUUCAGACUGUGGGAUCUCGAUCUCUGAUUUUUCUUUGUCUUGCCAGUGAAGUGACACUCACUGGAACUGAGAAUACUGAAAGAUUACUGAAUCAGCUUUCGUUUUCUCGACUGAAAGAAAGCAUCAGGAAAAGAAACUUCCUUGGACCCAAUACCAAAUAUAUAUAACAUAUACAAUAUUCUUGAAGGAAGGGGUGAUGUUGACUUGUAUAGCGUGUUCGAAGCAGCUAAACAAUAACAAUGGAUCUCUUGGGGAGCAAGAGGAUGAAGAUGUUAUGGAGACUCCCAGGACCAAGCAAGCCAUCAAGGCGCUAACUGCUCAGAUUAAGGACAUUGCCCUGAAAGCAUCAGGAGCUUAUAAGAACUGUAGGCCGUGUUCAGGGUCGUCAAACCAUGACCAUAACCGGAAUUUCGCAGACUCUGAUGCUGCUUCAGACUCAGCACGGUUCCAUUACCCUUACCGCAGAACAGGAAGUGCGAAUUCGACUCCAAGGAUUUGGGGUAAAGAGAUGGAAGCAAGAUUGAAGGGGCUUUCAAGUGGGGAAGGGACACCAGUGUCUGUUAGCGGGCGUACGGAGUCAGUGGUUUUUAUAGGGGAAGAGGAGCCUAAGGAGUGGGUUGCCCAGGUGGAGCCUGGAGUUCUUAUCACUUUUGUUUCUUUGCCUGAGGGAGGGAAUGAUCUCAAGCGGAUUAGAUUCAGUCGGGAAAUGUUUAACAAAUGGCAAGCUCAGAGAUGGUGGGCAGAGAACUAUGAGAAAGUCAUGGAAUUAUACAAUGUUCAACGCUUCAAUCACCAAGCAGUCCCACUUCCUACUCCCCCAAGAUCUGAAGAUGAGAGCUCAAGGAUUGAAUCUGUCAAAGACAGUCCUAUGACUCCCCCUCUAAACAAAGAACGCCCACGAAACUUCCAGCAUCAAACAGGGAUUGGGCCAAUUGGCUAUUCUUCAUCAGAUUCACUGGAUCACCACCCAACGCAAUCCCAUCAUCAUAAUGACUCAGCUGCACUUGCUUCAACCCCAAAACUCUCCAGCAUUGGUGGAGCAAAGACUGAGACAUCUUCUGUAGAUGGAUCUGUAAGGACUAGUUCUUCAAGAGAGGCAGAUCACUCCGGAGAGCUUUCAGUCAGUAAUGCCAGUGAUAUGGAGACUGAAUGGGUUGAACAGGAUGAACCAGGGGUGUAUAUCACCAUCAGAGCACUGCCAGGUGGUACUCGGGAGCUUAGACGUGUUCGCUUCAGCCGAGAAAGAUUUGGAGAAAUGCAUGCAAGGUUGUGGUGGGAAGAAAACCGAGCCAGAAUACAAGAGCAGUACUUGUGAUUUAGCAAAUCCAAGGUGGUGUUUGGAAAUUGUCUCUCUCCUUUAACAGUGUCUCUCAACAAUUCCUUGAACCUUGGUAUACCCUCAUCGCAAAGCUCAUGCAAAUCAAGUUAUGGAUCUUGUUGUUCUUUCCUUUUUUUUUUUCUGUAGUUAGGGUGGAUGGAAAUGUUGGGAUGAUAUAAUGGGGAAGUCUUAGUUACAGUAGCAGUAGUUUAUUUUAACUCAAAAGCUUUAUUUCUGAUUGAAGUAUCUGACUUGACCUUGAACUGAUCUCACAAUAUUUACAAUAUAUUUCCCCUUGACAU